AUGAACUCAUACAACGCACCUGCGCCGCAGGAAUAUGCUGGAGAUGAGAUCAAUGCUCUGGUCCUCGAUCCCGGUUCCUUCACCACUCGCGCUGGCUUUGCUGGAGAAGACACUCCCAAGUCUGUAGUUCCCUCCGUCUAUGGCUCUAUUGCAGGUCCCGAUGCCGACUCGAAAUCGCGUUACCUCUUUGGCGAGAAUGCCAUUCACAACCCUCAACCGCAUAUGGAGAUCCGUAGCCCAUACGACUCAGAUGGCAUCGUCGAAGAUUGGGAUGCUGCUGCAAGACUGUGGGAAUACAGUAUCACCUCGCGUUUGACUGGUGCUCGACCAACACCUGCUGCCAAGAAUGGAGAUGAAGCUGGAGAUGGCGACGGUGAUGUUGCUAUGGAGGGUAUUGAGGAGCAAGAGAAGCCAAUGAGUGAACAUCCAUUGCUCAUGUCAGAGCCUGCCUGGAAUCCUGCGAAGCAUCGCGCAAAGUGCAUGGAAAUCGCUCUCGAAGACUGGGGUGCUCCUGCCUUCUGGCUAGGCAAGACCGGUGUUCUGGCAGCAUUCGCUUCAGGCAAGCCUAACGCGCUAGUCAUCGACAUUGGAGCCAGCACCACCUCGGUUACCCCUGUGCACGAUGGAUUUGUUUUGAAAAAGGUAGGCUUGCAUUUUCCCUUUCAAACGCUGUAUAUUUCCGCUAUUCUCUGUGAUGAAACAUUUCAAUCAUCUCACGACGGUCAACGUAGCCACAAGUUGGACUGUGACGAAGAUGCCUGCAUUCAAAAAUCAUCACUGGGCGGCAACUUUGUCUCAGAACAACUGCGCCUGCAAUUCUCCAAGAUGGAUCCCGUGGUCUCUCUAAAGCCUCACUACAUGGUCAAGUCUAAAUCGCCCGUCGAUGCUGGUCAAGCUCCCAACGCUUCAUACGCAACGUUCGAUGUUCCACCGACAGAUUCAUUUAGAAAGAACGAAGAAGAGCGCAUCUUCACGUCUUUCAAAGAAAGCAUGGUACAAGUAUGGCAAGGUCCUGGCAAGCUUGAUAUGACGGAUGGUAUGGGCAACCACGUCAAUGUCGAUACUGUCAAGAAUCUGCCUCCACGACCCUUCGAGAUGCCAGACGGCUGGAACCAGGUCUUCGGCAUUGAACGCUUCCGAGUCGCCGAGGGAUUGUUCGACGCCAAGGCAGCACUCACCGACGACAGUCACCCUACGCCAGAUCAAAAGCACACAAUCACAGCAAUGGUCCAGGCUGCUUUGUCUGCUGUAGAUGUUGAGAUCAGACCAGUGCUCUUGAACAACAUUGUCCUCACCGGAGGUGGCAGUCUGCUCGAUAAGCUCGCAGAACGUCUACACGGCGAGCUUUCAGCACUAUACCCUAACCCACGCGUCAGGGUACAUGCAAGCAACAUUGUGACUGACAGAAAGUACGGGUCAUGGGUUGGUGGUAGCAUUCUCGCUAGUUUGGGCACUUUCCACCAGAUGUGGAUAUCCAAGAAGGAAUACGAGGAGCAUGGCUCUAGUAUCAUCGAGAAGAGAUGCAAAUAA